AUGGCUAGGAUACAUGAGUUGCCUAGCACCUCAAUCCCAACACGGCCGAGGCCAGUCGACAACCUUUUCUUGAAGCGUGGCAAUGAACUCUUCAAUCAAGGCGACUACAACAAUGCGGUGUUCUUGUAUGGCGAGGCUCUGAGGCAGGAUACAGACAACGCGUCGCUAUAUUUGCAGCUCGCCCUUGCUCGGAUGAUGUGUUCCCCACCCCAAUUAGACCAGGCCUUGCACGAUGUCAAUUCCGCCAUUCAACUCAGUCCUUCGAAUGGUCAUGCUUGGAAGCUCAAAGGUGACAUCUAUUUGCGAAAGCAGGAAUAUCGAGCAGCAGAAGAGGUGCUCGAACAAGCAACGAACAUUCUGCAAGGCUAUGACAAGGUGCAAGCAAUACACUCUCUGGCAGAUGCCCGCACAAGAGCAUCUACUCAGCCUCCAGCAGCAUCUAUUCCCCGGACCACCACACAGAGUGUCAGUGUUCACCCCCCACAACCUGAAUUGGCGGCGAACCGUCCGACUAUUAAUGUAGAUUCUUCACAAUCUAAUCCUCCAGCCGCUGAGACUGAGACAAGACCGCUGCCACCUGCACCUUUGACGCCACAAGCCCCGACAGCAGGCACGGCCUCUCUAUCUCCAUACCCAUCUCAACCUCCUCGGCCUGCUACUCCGAACAUGAUUACCCAGAGUGAAGCGCUAGCUCAACAGCUUGAUAUACCGACAGAAGCACCUCCUUCGUACAGUGCGGCAUCAAGACCUGUGACCGGAUCAACCAUGGGCGGUCCUACAGCAAGUCAAACUCUGGACUUUCAAACAACCAUCACAGCUAAGCGGCAGGGAUCGUUAUAUUUGAGACCUUUGACUACAGAAGGUCAGAUCGACACGAUUCAAUUGUUGUUCUUCGGCAGGACUUAUAUCCAAUCAAUCCUUCUUGACCUCCCACCACACACGGCAGUGCAUCCUGCAUGGAAGAAUUACUUUGUUGACGCGAUCUCACAUCCCGGAACAAAUUUCGUGGAUUACGAUUGUGAAUCCACAAGCAGCUACGAUGGAUAUCAUCUGGGGACCACAUCCGUGCUAGGCUAUGCCGAAGAAUACAGAGAAUAUCAGUUGACCUUGAAACUGCAAUUGCAGCUCUCUUUAGAAGCACAAACCAUUCCUCCCCCCAUGGCACUUGAUGCGAUUGUUGAGAGAAUCCAACUUCUCCAAAGGAGCCCGACUCUUGAAGACAAUGUGAAGCUGGAUCAAAUUCUAGGAUUGGUGCCGGCCUUCAAUGCGACGACGAGAACUGCGAUCUCAGAUAUCUGCAUGUCAUUUCAUCGUGCGCAGUACACUGCGCCAAAUCGCUUCAUAGAUUUCCUCACCUCAGGAUCAUUCUCGGUCCACCUCUUUGGCACUACCGGCAUUGGCCUCACAAACUUUCUGUUUCACAUUCUUCUGGGCGCCGAACUCGCCAUUCGUUUGACCAAAAUGGGGGCAGGCCAGAAGUAUCCGAACAUCAUGAAGACGACAACAUCUGCCUUGGUCUUUAUCGCCAGACAAUGGAUGCAGAACGUAACAAUUCGACGGAGCCUUACAAGUAAAUAUGCUCUGGUUGCCACCAAUCAUGCCACUCAGUCGGAUGGUCUCUUGCGAUUCGCAGAAGCUCUCGGUUGGCCCUACAUGCACGAAGCACGAGAAAACAUCGAAGACCUAUACACGAAAUUGACAUCCAACCCUGCAAAUGUCGCGGACUACCUAAAGGACUGGCUGUACGGGUUGGUACUUCCUGGAAAAUUCUUCAGACAUCGGAUUUUGAGUUGUUUGGUGCUAGCGUGUCCCACAACGAAGCACUUGGGGUACGCGCCGCACUAUGACGCCGGUCUCAUUGUUGGUAACAAGAGCUAUUGGCCGAAGCGGACAGUCCUUGGACGAGUGCUCGGAGGUCUGAGAAAUCCAAAGUCGACAUGCGGGUGGAUCGGUCCCGUUCCUUGUCCCACUGGGUGUCAGUCAAGCUGGAUCCUAUUACAUGCACGCCGUGUCAAUUUCGUGACACCAGUGGUCGAUGAUAUGACACAGACAAAUCUUGAGCUCCUCGGGUUCUCAGAAUCUGAGGCAGACAUAGAUCCGAUUGGCUUGACAAGAGAAAUAUCGGACAUGAACAAGUGGAAUCCACCAACCAGCCUGCCGGCACGAGCGGGAGCCAGCACUUCUGCGGUCUCGAAUGAUACAUCAGCAGUGCGAUUAACAGCCGUUCGACUGAACGAAGUUGAAAGCACAGUCAGCGUGGCCCGACAGUACCGAGCAGCAGUAGAUUUCAUGUGUAACGGCGAACAAGUGACUUUCACGCUUUAUUCAAACCCAGUGUUUGUGCAUGUCCCCAAAUGUGCGGGAACAUCGCAUCCCAUCCACGAGCGACUUGUCAAGAAGAUGUUUACUGGUGUCGUGCUGGCGAAGGACCUGAAUAACGGAGCGAAUAUACCCUCUACCGAGGUUCUGACCAUUAUCGACGCGACCGAACCGGGCGAGGAGGCUCUGGCUAGGGCUUGGUGUGCUCAGUCUGGGAGACACGCCGUGGUGAGGAAGAACGGUAUUGGAUGUUUCACCUGCGCGACCAACUUAGCCACUAAAAGAACCGGACUUGGUUUCAAUGUGCUCAUUUGGUGCUGA